UCUCUCUCUCUCUCUCAUAUUUUCCUUCCUUCCUCCUCCAUAUAAGCAAUCCCUCGCCCUCGCUAACCUGUUAAGUUAUUCCACUCGAUCGAUAACCAUGCGAGCUUCUAGCCGGUUCAAGUCGGUCUUUCUCGAGCAAAUGCUAAUGGGCUUCCAACUAUCUGGCUUUCCAUGCAGGACCAUGAGUCUCCGAGCGAGAAUGCACGCCAUCAAGCUCUCGGCCGACGUCGCCAUGGCCGUCGCAAGAGGCAGCAGGAGAUGGACACAUGGCCUCAUCGCACAUCUGUCCAAGAAAGAAGACAACAAGUCCUUUCUCAAGUGUAUCCUCGGGAAGCAGUAUGAGAGGCUAACCAUGCCAUGUUAUAGCUCGUGGAAGAUCCAAAGAUGCAAGACGAUCUUGCGAAGGAGCUUCAGAGAGCGUUUCGGGAAGCAGAAGCCUGCGCAGGCAUGUACUCUCGCGAGGAGUUUGGUGAAGAAGAGGGCGCAAGUACUCAAACGACUCGUGCCAGGCGGCAAGGCCAUGGACGGCUACUCCUUGUUGGAUGAAACGAUGGACUACGUCGUCUGUCUUCAAGCUCAGGUUGAUCUCAUGCGGCACCUUCUCAGAGCCUUUGAAGCCUCGAAGCUCAGAGCUCAGACCAAAGGCACGUCGUCGCAAGGAAGAAAAAGUAUCAAGGAUGAGACAGAUGGGAACAAGAAAGAUCUCAUCGAGCUGUGCAUGCAUCUGUCAGACAACGCAUAGGAAGUGUGUUCAUUUCUCUGAGGAUUAAUUACUCUCUAAGUGAAGGUCAAAACUGCUGAAGGAGGUCGUGUAUGAAUGAAUACUCUUCUUCAUGUCCAAGUCCGAGAGGCUUUAGUCUUUACCUACUGGUAAUGUCAAUGUGACCCACCCAACUAUUGGAAUUAUGAGGAUUAAAUGAUUAUUAA